GAUCCUUUGGUUCUGUCUUCUGGAGCACAGCCUGAUUGGUGUGAAUAUCUGACAUAUUCAUGUCCAAUGAUUUUCCCGUUUGAGACAAGAAGUCUGUAUUUUACCUGCACUGCUUUCGGUGCAUCAAGGUCUAUUGUUUGGCUUCAGAAUCAAAGGGAUCUAGCUCUGGAGAGGAAUCGAGGUCCAUCACCUAGGCGUGAUGAUCCACAUGAAUAUCGCAUUGGUCGAUUGAAACAUGAGAGAGUGAAAGUACCUCGAGGAGGUCAGUUGCUGGAUUGGGCUAUUCAAGUACUGAAAGUUCAUGCUGAUCGAAAAAGCAUUUUAGAAGUAGAAUUCAAAAAUGAAGAAGGCACUGGCUUAGGUCCUACUUUAGAGUUCUUCACUUUAGUUGCUGCUGAACUACAGCGGAAGGAUUUAAGAUUAUGGCUGUGCAAUGAUGAUAUUAGAGAUUCUCAUUUUACAAUUAGUAUGGAAAAUGAAACAGUCAAACCUCCUGGUUAUUACAUAAGCAACUCAUAUGGUCUGUUUCCAGCACCACUUCCUCAAGAUUCCGAGAUAAUAGAAAGUGUUCAACGUUACUUUCAUUUUCUGGGAAUUUUCUUAGCUAAAGCUCUACAAGAUAAUCGCCUGGUUGAUUUACCUCUUUCUCGUCCUUUUCUUAAACUGAUGUGCCAUGGGGAAGUGUUGAGCAAGAUGCGUGAUAGGGAACCUGCUCCUAAUCCAUCUGUUGCUGCCAUGGUUUCAUCAUUUACAGAGGAUGAUUUGUACGUUGUUUUGACAGAAGAACAGCUGAAAAAAAAUAAGAAGUCAAAAAAAUCGCUACCAGAGCCAUCAUGUGCCUGGUUUUAUGGCAUUCUGGGUUAUGAAGAUUUUCUUGAAGUUAAUGAGUUGCAGGCUAAAUUUUUAAGACAACUGCAAGAACUUGCAACCAAAAAACAUUGCAUCUUAGCUGAGAGAAGUCUUUCUAAAGAAGAUAGAAUAAAUCAGUUAAAGAAUUUGAGCAUUCCUAUGCCUUCUCCAAAUGGGUCCGGUAUGGCAGUUAAAAUCGAAGAUCUUGCGCUAACAUUUCAGUACUUUCCUCCAUCUGAAAUAUAUGGAUUUACUGCUGUAGAUUUGAAAGCAGGAGGUGAAAAUAUAGAAGUAACUCUUGAAAAUGUUGAAGAGUAUGUUGAAUUGAUGACAGACUUUUGUCUUCAUACUGGAAUUCGUAAGCAGAUGGAAGCAUUUAAAACUGGAUUCAAUCUCGUCUUUCCUAUGGAGAAACUUGGUGCUUUUAGUCCUGAAGAAGCAAGAUUAAUGCUUUGUGGUGAUCAAAAUCCAACAUGGACGAAAGAAGAUUUAUUGGCAUAUACUGAACCUAAACUUGGUUUUACACGUGAUAGCCCUGGAUUCCAAAAUUUUGUGAACGUUUUGGUGAAAAUGGAUGGAGCUGAAAGGAAAUCUUUUCUUCAGUUUGCUACUGGGUGUUCAUCAUUGCCACCUGGUGGUUUGGCUAAUUUGCAUCCUAGAUUGACUGUUGUGCGCAAAGUUGAUGCUACUGAUGGGAGUUACCCAUCAGUUAAUACUUGUGCCCAUUACCUAAAACUGCCAGAUUAUUCCUCUGAGGAAAUAAUGAGGGAACGACUUCUAGCUGCUACAAGAGAAAAAGGUUUUCAUCUGAACUGAUCUAAGUGUAUUUUAGUUAAAAUUAAGCUGUCUUUGGUUAUUUCCUUGUUAUAUCAGAACUGGAAAAGAAAUUUCUGUUGUGGCCUGAAAUUCUCAGGGAUUUCCGACUGAGAAUAACACAAACUGUGUGCCUCCCCUAGUCCUCCAAUUUGUCAAAUCAUGAGAGCUUCCUUCAAGUGAGAUAAGUACAUUAAGAACUGUUGAAGUACUUGUCCAUUAUACUUUUUUACUGUAAAGGAUUAAUAAUUGCCUUUUUCAAGUGGUGCCUCAUGAUAUGCAACAACAGUGCAGUUAGUUGCUUUGAAGAAUGUAAAUAGUUCCCUUUUGGGAAAACACUUGUGAUAUUGCUGUGUUUAUUAAUUAAUGAAGGGGAUGUUGUAAACAUUUAUUGUACGUUAGUAAAUACUUUAUAGCUUUCCUCGCAUCAGAUUUUGAGCUGGACCUUGGAUGAAGACUCCAGUUUAUUCAUUUUAAUGAUGAAACUGUUGGAUACAGUAAGAUUAUCCAUUCCAUAUCCCAGCACACUAAAAACAAUGGAUAGAAGAAAAAGUGAUGCUGGAAUAAAUUUUAUGAAGAAACAAAAUUAUUUUGAUUUGUUUAUUUUUGCUGUUUCCAAGAGAAAUUGUAGAUUAAAUUAAUACAAUUAUUUCACCCUUCCCACAAUUUCAUUAAUUUUCCUAUGUAAAUUUUAAAAUGAAAAGGAUCAAUUACAUUUUUCAGAAUUUAAUCUGCAAAUUAUGUGUGUUCAUUAUGAAUUAAACUGAGAAAUUACAGUAUGAAUGGUGAAUUAAAUAUGCAUGUAUAUAUUCAUGAAAUAAUCUAUGAUUUUUAAUUUAUUUGAAUAAAAUUGAUUUUCCUGCCUGUAAAAGUUUGCUUAAAUCAGUAUGUAUGUGUACUAAUAUCUGUAAGUCAGCUUACAGUAUUUAAAUAUGUGUCGUCUUCAGAUAAUGUGCAAUUGGUUUCAAUAUUUUAUAUGUAGCACUUGUGGUGCUAAGAUCAUGAUGCAUAUAUUUAGAUUUGUAGCUAAGUUUGGUGGACUGUUUUGUUUUGAACAAUUUUCGUUGCUUCUCAUUUUAGUAUUGUUGUCAAAUAGCAUACUUUUAUGAAAUCCAUUGGAAUACAAAUUAAUUCUAUGUUGUAACAAAUUAAAAAAAUCUACAUGAUUUAAAAAUCAAAAAUUAAAGAAAUUUUUGGUAAUAAUUCGUAAUAAAAUUAUUUGAAAAAAUU